AUGACCAAAUCAUACAGCGAGAGCGGACUGAUGGGCGAGCCUCAGCCCCAAGGUCCCCCAAGCUGGACAGAUGAGUGUCUUAGUUCUCAGGAUGAGGAACAUGAGGCAGACAAGAAGGAGGACGAGCUCGAAGCCAUGAAUGCGGAGGAAGACUCUCUGAGAAACGGAGGAGAGGAAGAGGAUGAAGAUGAGGACCUGGAAGAGGAGGAGGAGGAAGAGGAGGAGGAUGAUCAAAAGCCCAAGAGACGGGGCCCUAAAAAGAAAAAGAUGACCAAGGCGCGCCUAGAGCGUUUUAAAUUAAGGCGCAUGAAGGCCAACGCCCGUGAACGCAACCGCAUGCACGGGCUGAACGCCGCGCUGGACAACCUGCGCAAGGUGGUACCCUGCUACUCCAAGACUCAGAAGCUGUCCAAGAUCGAGACACUGCGCUUGGCCAAAAACUACAUUUGGGCUCUGUCAGAGAUCCUGCGUUCAGGCAAAAGCCCUGACCUGGUCUCCUUCGUUCAAACGCUCUGCAAAGGCUUGUCCCAACCCACCACCAACCUGGUCGCUGGCUGCCUGCAACUCAACCCCCGGACUUUCCUGCCAGAACAGAACCCGGACAUGCCUCCGCAUCUGCCCACAGCCAGCGCUUCCUUCCCGGUUCACCCCUACUCCUACCAGUCCCCGGGGCUACCUAGCCCUCCCUAUGGCACCAUGGACAGCUCCCAUGUCUUCCACGUCAAGCCGCCGCCACAUGCCUACAGCGCAGCCCUGGAACCCUUCUUUGAAAGCCCCCUGACUGAUUGCACCAGUCCUUCCUUUGAUGGACCCCUCAGCCCGCCGCUCAGCAUCAAUGGCAACUUCUCUUUCAAACACGAACCAUCCGCCGAGUUUGAAAAAAAUUAUGCCUUUACCAUGCACUACCCUGCAGCGACCCUGGCAGGGCCCCAAAGCCACGGAUCAAUCUUCUCGGGUGCCGCUGCCCCUCGCUGCGAGAUCCCCAUAGACAAUAUUAUGUCUUUCGAUAGCCAUUCACAUCAUGAGCGAGUCAUGAGUGCCCAGCUCAAUGCCAUCUUUCACGAUUAG